CCACCCCCCACCCCGCCCCAGCACUCCCUCUCUCUUUUCCACUAUGGACAGAGCCACCGUGGAGCGGCUGCCUGCCCGCCACAGACCCAGCUGACAUGGGGACCGUUGGAGCAACGCAGCUGUGCUGGGUGAUCCUUGGCUUCCUCCUACUCCAAGGCCACCAUUCCCAACCCAUGACAAUACAGACAUCUAGCCUUCAGGGAGCCUUCAGCAGUCAAAGUCUGACCACAGAGCCACUUUCUUCCAACACAGGAGACAGCCCUUCCUCAGAGCCCAGCAGCCCAAGCCCUCUGACCAGCACUGAGACCUCAGCUCUGGAGAAGUCCUCACAGGUCCUCGAUGCAGCCAGUAAACCCAGGACACAGAGCACGAGCACCGUGGAUGGUCACUCCCAGUCCCUGUUGGGCCUGACUCAGUCUCAGCCACAGAAGUACACAUCAGGACUUGACACUUCUCAAGAUGUUAUUCCCACAUCAACCACCAUGAGCCUGAGGACAAGAGAUGACUCGACCAUCUUACCCACCCCCACAUCAGAGACGGUGCUCACUGUGGCCGCAUUUGGUGUUAUCAGCUUCAUUGUCAUCCUGGUGGUUGUGGUGAUCAUCCUAGUGAGUGUGGUCAGUCUAAGGUUUAAGUGUCGGAAGAACAAGGAGUCUGAAGAUCCCCAGAAACCUGGGAGUUCAGGGUUAUCUGAAAGCUGCUCUACAGCCAAUGGGGAGAAAGACAGCAUCACCCUGAUCUCCAUGAAGAAUAUCAACAUGAAUAACAGCAAAGGAUGCCCCACAGCAGAGAAGGUUCUAUAGAAGCAACGUUGGGUCCUCAUGGGUCCAAAGAUGACGCAGCUGCCCUGUGACCGUAAAGAGGAAGGCGAUGGGAUUGGUAGAGGCAAUGAAUCACACAUAAAUUAUUUUAUUAUUUCACACUUCAAGAUCUAAAGGAUACUAGCAUUCCUCCAGAUCUAGGAGCAAGCUACCAAUAGGAGAGACUCCCAUAUGGGCAGCCAUUCUAGAAACAUAGCCUGCUCCUCCCACCUGCUCGCAGUCACAGGAAGGAGGAGUCUGUAUAGCAAGAGCAAGGAAAAUGACGAAGAGGAGUGGUCCUUGCUACUUUGCAUUAAAGUUGUUUUCUGGCCUGCAGUCUAA